CUAUCAGCAGACACACCCACCUUUCUUCCACUCCCAUGAGUCUUCACUUCCUUCACCCAGUCAGACUGCAUAGCUCCAUUCGUGUCGACUGCCCAGAGUCCACGAACACAACCCCGCACCUCCAACUACCAACCAGACCUCCACCUGGCCACACAGCAAAAGAAACCAGCUCUGCGAGUGUCCUUACAACAUGUCUCCCUGUCCUUCCUGAUCUGAUCCUGGACCUGCGGCCCUCACAGCAGCUACAUUCCAGCAGCCUCUCCUGCCUCUGUCCGGACAUGUCGCUCUACAGUUUUGGCCUGGAGCCGCUCUCCUGCCACACCUGGAACAAAGACAGGACCCAGAUCGCAGUGAGUCCUAACAACAACGUGGUGAUCAUCUAUGAAAAGAACGGCAAAGAAUGGGUUAAGAUCCAUGAGCUGACUGAGCACAGUGGACGAAUCACAGGCAUUGACUGGGCCCCAGAGUCCAACCGCAUUGUGACAUGUGCCUCCGACCGCAACGCCUACGUGUGGACUCUGAAGGACGGCGUCUGGAAGCCCACCCUGGUCCUGGUGCGCAUCAACCGGGCCGCCACCUGUGUGAAGUGGUCCCCCCUGGAGAACAAGUUCGCCCUGGGCAGCGGAGCUCGCCUCAUCUCCGUCUGCUACUUCGAGAAGGAGAACGACUGGUGGCUGAGCAAGCACAUCAAGAAACCCAUUUGCUCCACAGUCCUGAGUCUGGAUUGGCAUCCAAACAACGUCCUGCUGGCGGCUGGGUCUGCAGACUUCCACUGCAGGGUUUUCUCAGCCUACAUUAAGGACAUCGAGGACAAGCCCGGACCCACUGCCUGGGGGGCCAAAAUGCCUUUUGGGGAGGUACUGAUGGAGCAUAAGGACUGUGGAGGCUGGGUGCACAGUGUCUCCUUCUCCCCUGGGGGAGACCAGCUGGCCUGUGUGGCCCACAACAGCAGCAUCACCGUGGUGGAUGCCACCCAGGGGAAGGGGGUCACCCAGCUGACCACCAACCAUCUGCCUCUUCUGAGUGUGCUCUACGUCAGCCCCACUGAGAUUGUUGCUGCGGGCCAUGACUGUUGCCCGUACCAGUUCACCUAUAAGGGUCCAGGGGCUCUGGAGUUCGUGAAGAAGCUGGACAUCCCCAAGCAGACCUCCAAGUCCAGCGUGUCAGCCAUGCAGCACUUCCGCAACCUGGACAAGAAGGCCACGGACGAGGAGAGCAACGAGAUGGGCAACGUGCACCAGAACAGCAUCAUGCAGCUGUGUGUCGUAUCUGGGAAGAAAGCCAAAGUGGAGAAGUACAGCAGCGUGGGUCUGGAUGGAGCCGUCGUCAUCUGGGAUUUUAAGCACUGAGACUCCACAGAGUGUCGGUCCCAGAGGCUGGAGCCAGUAACUGGACACCAAUGUGGGCCCAUGUGCUUUGUGAUAUUUGUCAUUAAAAAAUGAAUUUGAAUAAAUAAAGAGGAUAUUGACAGGCCAGACA